AUGGCCCCCGUCGCAACCGAGACCAACGGCACAACCACCACCAACGGCGUCAGCAAGGCGCCCGUCAAGGCUAACGUCCUCUUCAACCCCUUUUACUCCCCAGAUACCACCGGUGACGUCAACGACACCGACUACAAGUACGCGAAGUACAAGCCGCGAUUCCCGGAUGUCCACUGGGAGCCCCUCGACGGCAACCUGCCGGUGACCGACCGCGCGCAGUUUGCGGACCCCGAGAAAAAGGCGCUGUUCGCCGCGGCGAGCAAGAUCCAGCACCUCACGCCCGCGAUCGGCACGGAGCUGUCCGGAAUCGACCUCAGGCAGCUCACCAACGCACAGAAGGACGAGCUGGCCCUCCUGGUUGCUGAGCGCGGAGUCGUCUUCUUCCGCGACCAGGAGAUCACCAUCGAAGAGCAGCUCGAACUCGCCCGCCACUUCGGCCCCCUCCACAAGCACGCCACGACGCCCGUCCCGCGCCAGCCCGGCCUCGAGGAGGUCCACAUCGUGUACAACGACGGCACGCGCCGGCCGGACCCCAGCGCGUUCUCCAAGAUCGAGCUCUGGCACUCGGACGUCUCGUACGAGCUCCAGCCGCCGAGCACGACCUCGCUCAAGCUCAUCACCGGCCCGCCCUACGGCGGCGACACGCUCUGGAGCUCCGGCUACGCGCUCUACUCGUCGUUCAGCCCCGGGUUCCAAAAGUACCUCGAGGGCCUUACCGCCGUGCACAGCGCGGUCGCGCAGGCCGACGGGGCGCGCGCCGCGGGCCUUACCGUGCGCCGCGAGCCGGUCGAAAGCGUACACCCCGUCGUGCGGGUCCACCCCGUGACGGGCUACAAGUCGAUCUACGUCAACCCGGGCUUCACUCGCCGUAUCGUCGGCCUGCCAAAGGCUGAGAGCGACGCCAUCCUGCAGCUGCUCUUCUCACAGAUUGCGGACAACCCUGACUUCCAGGUCCGCUUCCACUGGGAGGUGAACUCGAUCGCGUUCUGGGACAACAGGAUCGUGACGCACUCGGCGACGUUCGACUUCUUCCCGCACGUCCGCCACGCGCUCCGCGCGACCCCGCACGGCGAGCGCCCGACGGCCGUCGCCGACUACGAGGCCGCAACGGGCAAGGCCGCGCGGCUGCGGGACGAGUGGGCGCGUCUCGGCGUCGCCCCCGGCGAGCCAGAGCCGUCCGCCGCGGCUGCCGGCCGGCCGGUCCGCGGGUACAACGACUGA